AUGGGCAAGAGGAAGCAGCAGUCAGCUUCGCAGGCCGUCGCCGAGGGCUCGGCAUCGCAGGCCGGCACGCCCGUCACGGCAACCGGCACCAAGAACAAGAAGCAGCGGAGGGCAUCGGAAGCCUCGGUCGCCUCCCCCACGAAAGCCCUGGGCGCCACUGCAACGGCGUCGGCAGCACAGCAGGUCGCAUCCGGCUUCUACGCCGUGCCCAUCACGCUGCCCUCGACCUCGAUCCAGCCCCCGCCCGUGCACUACCUCUACUGCCGCGCCCACGCCACCUCCACAUCGUCGAGAUCGGCCAACAACGAAGGCGACGACGACGAAGAUGACGGCAGCGGCGCCGGAAAGAAGAAGCGGAAAGAGGAUCUGCUCCCCGCCGGCAGGACGCUCUUCUGCGUCAACCUCCCCGUCGACUCGACAGAGAAGCACCUACGGGCGCUGUUCAAAAAGGCGGGCACCAUCCACAGCGUCGUGUUCCAGCAGCUCAGGGGUGUCCCAGGCUUCUACGCCGGAGCUCAAGAGGAGGAGCAGGAAGUCGAGGAGGACGAGGAGGAUGCAGAAGAUGACGGAGAGGCCCAAGCGAAUCCGGCCGGGCCUGCCAAGGGCAAGGGCAAGGGCAAGAAGGCAAAGAAGCCCAAAGGCCCUCCUCCGGUAGCAGAGCUGCCAGCGCUCGACCCUCGCAUCGCCAGGGGCUCGGAGCCGCUGUUGACGACGGCGUCGAGCGCCUACGUCGUUUUUCUCGACGACUCGUCGCUAGAGCGGGCGCUCGAGCAGAUCCGGAGCGGCCAGGUCCGGAGCUGGCCGGACCCGUUCAAGUCGCUGGCCGAGGCGGCGCGCCACGCGGCCGACAACGAAGACGCGCCCAACGACGUCAAGAACCGCCACGCCAAGACGGCCGACCAGUUUGCCGUCGAAAAGGGCGCCGCGGACCGCAUCCCCCCGCUCGGGCUGCAGCUGCUGCUCGAGCAGCACCGGUGCGCGCGCCCGCCGAUGGAGGCUGUCAAGGCGUAUGCCGACUCGACGAUUGCCCGCUUCGCCUGGAUCAAGGCGCACCCGGCGCCGCGCAAGGUGGGCGUCAAGGGCGUCACGGUCGGGCCCGACGGCGAGCUGCUCGACGAGGACGGCUUCACCAUUGUCCAGCGCGGAGCCAAGACGGGCGGCGGCUACGGCUUCGCCGAGGGCGGGCUGGGCACCGUCAAGGCGUCGCGCGUCCGCCUCGGCCGCGAGCGCGAGUCGGACAGCCGCAACAACAACACCAAGAACAAGAGCAAGGACCUCGAAAACUUCUACCGCUUCCAGGUGCGCGAAAAGAAGCGCGAGAAGCUCGCCGACCUCCGCGCCCAGUUUGAGGCCGACAAGGCCAAGGUGGCCAAGCUCAAGGCCAGCCGCCGCUUCAACCCGUACUAG